CUCUCGUCAUCAUUAUUUUUGCCAUCUCCAAACCCUAAAAACUUCUAAUCCAAUCGAAGCAAAAACAACGCCUCCCGACGGACGUUGUUCAUCAGCAUUUAAUGGUUCAAACCAGGGCGGAGAAUAGUUCGGAAUCCAAAAUCGCCGUGGCCAAUGGCGGAAAAGUAACCAAGGCUAAGAAGAAAUCGAAGUGUUCGACAAUGCCGCGGAGAUCGAGUGCUCGAAUUCAAGCGUUGCAAAAAGCCGAGAAGGAGCUCCUUGCUCGUCAAAAAGCGGAGGUAGUAGUAGUUGAAGAGAAAGACAACUGCGAGAACGCGGUGAGGGCGAAGAAGCGCAAUAGAAAUAGUGGCGGUGAGGAGAGCGUAGCAGUGGAAGAAGAGGUUGUUUCGAAAAAGCGCAAGGGUAAGGUGGAAGAAGUGAAUGGGAAGCAGGAAAAUGCGGGUGGGGGUUUGGGGGAGAAGAGUGACCCUCUCAAGGUGAAAGAGACUGUAAGACUGUUUAACAAGUAUUACCUUCAUUUUGUUCAGGAAGAAGAAAAGAGGUGUGCAGCGGCUGAGCCCAAAGCUGCUAAACAAAAGGGUUCUAGAAAGGCAAAGAAGAGAGGUGAAAAAUCAAAGGUCACUUCUAAGCGACCAGAUCUAAAGGCCAUGGGGAAGAUGGUGGAUAAUAAUGAAGUAUUGUACCCUGGGAAAAGAAUUGGCGACAUUCCAGGUAUUGAGGUUGGAUAUCAGUUCUAUUCUCGUUGUGAAAUGGUUGCGGUUGGUUUUCAUAGCCACUGGUUAAAGGGCAUUGAUUAUAUGCCCAAAUCCUAUGCCAAUGUGUACACUACGUAUGAAUUUCCAGUUGCUGUUGCCAUUAUUUUGUCGGGUAUGUACGAGGAUGAUCUCGACAAUGCUGACGAUGUUGUAUACACUGGUCAAGGUGGGCAUAAUCUCACUGGCAAUAAGCGCCAAAUCAGGGAUCAGAAGUUGGAGUAUGGUAACCUGGCUCUCAAGAAUUGCGUUGAGCAAUGUGUGCCUAUUAGAGUCAUUCGUGGUCAUAAAUCUUCAAGCAGUUACUCUGGUAAAAUAUACACAUAUGAUGGCUUGUACAAUGUUGUUGAAUAUUGGGCAGAGAAGGGAAUAUCUGGAUUCACAGUCUACAAGUUUAGACUUAGCAGGGUUAAAGGGCAACCUAAAUUAACCACAAAUCAGGUAUAUUUUGUAAAUGGACGUGUACCUCGAUCUCUAACAGAGAUACAAGGAUUGGUCUGUGAGGACAUCACUGGAGGUCAAGAAGAUAUUCCCAUUCCGGCUACAAAUUUGGUUGAUGACCCUCCUGUUCCACCCACAGGUUUCACAUAUUGUAAGUCUCUUAAGCUUGCAAAGAAUGUGAAGCUUCCAAGGAUGAAUGGCACCGGAUGUAAAUGCAAAGGCAUUUGUAAUGACCCAACAACCUGUGCAUGUGCACUGCGUAAUGGCUCUGAUUUUCCAUAUGUAUCUCGGGAUGGUGGCAGGUUAGUUGAAGCCAAAGAUGUUGUCUUUGAAUGUGGUCCCAAAUGUGGUUGUGAUCCAGGUUGUGUGAACCGAACUUCUCAAAAAGGACUUAGAUAUCGUCUCGAGGUUUUCCGCACUGCAAACAAAGGAUGGGCUGUUAGAUCCUGGGAUUUUAUACCUUCUGGAGCACCAGUUUGUGAGUACACUGGAAUACUUUCUAGGACAGAUGAUAUGGAUAGGGUAUUGGAAAAUAAUUAUAUUUUCGAGAUAGAUUGCUUGCUAACCAUGAAGGGGCUUGGGGGGAGGGAGAAACGGUCUCCAAAAGGAGAGAUUUCUGCAAAUCUCUUGGACAAAUAUGAUGAUCAAAGUUCUGAAAGUGCGCCAGAGUUUUGUAUUGAUGCAGGAUCUACUGGAAAUGUUGCUAGGUUUAUAAACCAUUGUUGUGAGCCCAAUCUGUUUGUUCAAUGUGUUUUGAGCACACACCAUGAUUUGAGAUUGGCUCGUGUAAUGCUGUUUGCUGCGGACAACAUACCCCCUUUGCAGGAAUUAACGUAUGACUAUGGUUAUGAGCUUGAUAGCGUCUUGGAUUCUGAUGGGAAGAUCAAGCAAAUGCCAUGCUAUUGUGGAGCCUCAUACUGCAGGAAGCGAUUAUUCUAAAUGUUACAGGAAAAGUUGUAUGUGGUCUUUUUUGCAAAACUAUCGCGGUUUCGAGUAUUUGUUAUUUAACUUGAGCUGCAAGCUAUGAAGCACAGACACUCCAGUCCCUUGUCGUGUCUGGUGUCCGACACGCGUCCGUGUCAGUGUCCGACACCGACACGACACCCGUAUUACGUUCUAUAUUUUGGACAUUACAGGUGUCCACAUGUCCGUAUCCGUGUCGUGUCCGAUGUUCGUGUCGGUGUUGGUGCUUCAUAGGCCGCAAGUGCUCUCUAGUCAUGUGUGGUUGAUGUGCGCAGUAUAUAUGUUUUGUGCUGCAAUGGCAGCAAAGGAACAUUGGAAUUUUUUGUGCAAAUUCAAGGAAAUAUAUAGAUUCAUUUUUUGCUAAAAAAAAAA